AUGUCAACGAUAACAAAGAUUCCAACUAUCUUGAUCAUAGGAGCAGGUCCCGGUGGACUUGCCUUAUAUCACUCGAUCCAGAAAAAUUUAAAUGGAUCGGAAUUAAAAUUUAAAGUUAGAAUUUUUGAAAGAGAAAGUGGUCCUGCUGAUCGUUGGCAGGGAUAUAACAUAAACAUUAACAGAUGUGGUAUUACCUCACUUCUAUAUUGCCUGCCUAGUUCACUCCAGUCCCGUCUUCCAGAAGCAAUGCCAGAUCCCGUGCCAGGCGAACAUCAUGGAUUCACUUCUAUUGAUGAUACCGGGAAUUUAUUAAUGCAUCCGCCAUUUAAACAGAUGAAAAACUUAUUUGAAAUCUCAAACUCUAAGAAUGAAUACAGUUUUGUCGUUUCCUAUAGAAAUAAACUAAGGAAUUUAUUAUUGGAAGAUGUAAAUGUAGAAUGGAAUAAAAAAUGUGUUGGAUAUGAGGAAGUUGAUGAUGGCGUUUGGGCAAUUUUUGAUGAUGGAAGUAGGGUGUUCGGUGAUUUUCUCGUGGCUUCGGAUGGAAUUAACUCUCCAAUCCGAAAGCAAAAGAUUCCGGAAUUAAAAGUCAUGGAUCUUGGAGUUACCUAUGUUAUUGUGGAUAUUUCCCCAAACAAAAAACUAAUUGACAAAUGGAUGCCAUAUUUUAGAAAUAGUUUAAUUCAUGAAUCUCUUGGUCCAAAUGGUGAUACCGUAUUCGUAGUACUUCGUCGUAUACCCGUUGAAUCUGACAUAGAAAACAGAUCUGAUGACCAAAUUCAUUAUCGAAUGUUAAUGUACUAUUCCUAUGAUACAGAUCUUGACAUAAGAGAGACAGAAUCAAAAAAUUUCGACUUGAACAAUAAUAAUAAUGUCGACCUUUUAGUAAACGACGACGACCCAAAUUCUGUAGUAAGACACGUGAUCGAGAGAAUUAAGAAAUUGCGUAAGCCUUGUGAAUUAAGAGACUUGCUGAUUGAGCUAUGGGAAUGUGUACCUCUCGCUACACCUGAAAAUUAUGAAAAAUAUCCAUUUAAUACAUAUCAUGCUCCGAGAAGGAGGCAAAUGAGAGACAUCGACCCGUUGUCAGUUGAACCUUGGGAAACCACGCGUGUCAUAUUAUUAGGAGAUGCAGUACACGCAAUGACCCCAAUUUUAGGUUUAGGUGCAAACCAUGCAUUACGGGAUGCUGUAUUGCUAACAAAAAAAUUAGAAAAUUUUGAGAAGGAAGGAUGGAAGAAAUGUUUUGAACAAUAUGAACAAGAGAUGAGAAUUAAAUCGUCCAAAGGAGUAUUGGCAUCCAGGGAAGUGAUAUUGCUUGAAAAAGUACAGAAGGGCUAUAUUGGAGCAAUAAUAAGAAGACUUAUGUAUAGAAUGAUUGACAUAAAAAAUUAUUUUGUCGCUUUCCUUACGGAUUAUAAUAUUUUAAGCGCUCCUAUAGAUUAG